UUGUAACCAUAGGCUUCAAAACUCACAGUCGAUCAUAUCAGCACCCUUAAUCACACGCAAAUCGAGAUUAAAGAAUAAUUAAUUAGAGAGAGAAAGUCAAAACAAUGGCUGACAUUGAAGUAGAGAAGCAAACCACCAACGAAACCCAGCAAGAACAGCCACAAUCUAAGGAAAUCAAACAUUCAGAAGUUGGACAUAAGAGUCUCCUUCAAAGUGAUGCCCUUUAUCAGUAUAUUCUCGAGACUAGUGUCUACCCAAGGGAGCCAGAACCCAUGAAGGAACUCAGAGAGAUCACCGCAAAUCACCCAUGGAAUCUGAUGACAACAUCUGCGGAUGAAGGGCAGUUCUUGAGUAUGCUUCUUAAGCUGAUUAAUGCUAAGAACACAAUGGAGAUUGGUGUUUACACUGGUUACUCUCUUCUUGCUACUGCUCUAGCUAUUCCUGAAGAUGGAAAGAUUUUAGCAAUGGAUAUAAACAAGGAAAACUAUGAAUUGGGUUUGCCUGUUAUGCAAAAGGCUGGAGUUGCGCACAAAAUUGAUUUCAGAGAAGGUCCUGCUUUGCCUGUUCUUGACUUAAUGAUUGAAGAUCCAAAAAACCAUGGAUCGUUCGAUUUCGUGUUCGUGGAUGCUGACAAAGACAACUACUGGAACUACCACAAGAGGUUGAUUGAUCUUGUCAAGGUAGGAGGAGUGAUCGGGUACGACAACACCCUAUGGAAUGGAUCUGUGGUUGCACCACCAGAUGCUCCCAUGAGGAAGUAUGUUAGGUACUACAGAGACUUUGUGUUGGAGUUCAACAAGUCUAUCGCUGCUGAUCCAAGGGUCGAGAUUUGCCAGCUUCCGGUGGGUGAUGGAGUUACCCUGUGCCGCCGAAUCAGCUGAUCUGUUCCCACUCUCACCAACCAACUCUUGGGCCUUUGCCUUUGGUGACACAUUUUCUUGUUUGGUCAAGCUUUUGAUUUCUACUUGUAUAAUUUUAAUCAUAUAAUAUGGGUGAUAUGGACCGACCCCUCCAAAAAAGUUGUGUUAUUUGGGCCUAGGCCUAAUUACUGAAGGUUCUGUUAAUCAUUCACCAAAAAAAAAGUGUUGGAAUAUAUUAAUCCUUUGUAUUUUCCAUUUCAAAUAGUACACAUUGUUUUUCA